UGACAGAGGGGGUGGGCCUGGUAACAGAGGGGGUGCUGUGAUAUCCUUUGCACCUUCCAGCCCACCACAGCAGCGGGGACCGACAGUGACGCAGUACAAAAGCUGAAACAACUGCUCCACCAUCUCAAUUGCCUGCCUCCUAAAGUCAAAAGUAAACCGUCCAGAUUUCAUGAAGAGUCUGGAACGAAAAGAACAAUUUCAGCUGGACAUCAUCCCCUGAUCCGGUGAAAAACCACCUGGAAGAAACGAACUCUCGGACUCAACCCCCUUAGAUAGUAUCCCAAUUGCCCACUCAUGGAGGAAGGAUUUAAGCUGCAACAGAGGCACGGGAAGGCAAGGGUCAGAGUUGCCCGGGUCUGGAGAGAAGGAGACGGUACUCACCACUUUUCCGAAUGGAACGUCAGCAUAAGUCUCCUCUCCGACUGCCUACCUGCCUACAUCUCCGGCGAUAACUCCGAUGUUGUUGCCACCGACACCAUGAAGAACACCGUAUAUGCUAAAGCCAAGGAAUGUUCCAAUCGGCUCCCAGUUGAGGCCUUUGCUAUUGAACUGGGGAAACACUUCACGUCAUAUUAUAAGCAGGUCACUGCUGCUGUCAUCCGGAUAGUAGAAAAGCCAUGGGAACGAGUCAACAUUAAUGGUCAGCCUCAUAGACAUGGUUUUAAGCUUGGAUCCGAAAAGCACACAACUGAAGUGCUCCUAGAUAAAUCCGGUGGAUUGCAGGUUACCUCUGGUAUUGAGGGGUUAGCUGUGCUGAAGACCACACAGUCGGGUUUUGAAGGAUUCAUAAGGGACAAGUAUACUAUUUUGCCUGAAACAAAGGAGAGGAUGCUGGCAACAGAUAUUACAGCACUAUGGCGGUACUCCUUCAAAUCCCUUUCUGGUGUUCCUCCGAAGAACAAUUACUUCACAGAAGUGCAUACGGAUGUGAAAAAGGUUUUGCUGCAUACUUUCUUUGGCUCUCCUAAAGAAGGUAUAUACAGUCCAUCCGUUCAAAGCACACUAUAUGACAUGGCAAAGGCUGUUCUUGGCAGCUUUAAAGACAUAGUAUCAAUCCAGUUAAAGAUGCCAAAUCUUCACUUUUUGCCUGUCAACUUGUCCAGCAAAGACAAUUCAGCUAUUGUCAAGUUUGAUGAUGAUGUGUAUUUGCCAACGGAUGAACCACAUGGUUCAAUCGAGGCAACUCUGAGCCGCAUUAACUCAAAGAUUUAAGGUCUGGUUGGUUAUCACCAAAAGCCACUUGCUCACUGCGACAGUUUGCUACUUCGUACUUCAGAAUAUAUUUGGUGUAUUACACUCCCGAACCACAAAAUUGAAUUAAUUGGUCACAUGUUACAGGACUCAUACAGAUGUGAAAUAUGAUGAAUAAAUCUGAUAUAAUUUGUGUUUGCAACAGAUUGUGCUAGCUCUUUUGAAUCAAUCAUCAAUCAUAUAAAAUAUAUAGCGCUGAAAUGCUAUCUAAAACAGAUUGUGCUAGCUCUUUUUAUGUACGAUACCGUUUUCUGAGACUUGUUUUAGCUGUAAGACAUGAUAGAGUGACAUGCAUAUUAAAGAAUUUUUCAUGUGGCUAAUAUUUGUAAAGCAUAAGUGAGUUUGAAUUGCACAGAAUUACCCAAUACGGCGAGACAAAUUUUAUGGGAAAGACAGUAAAGGAUACACACAGAUGGUUUAAGUAUUAUUUAAUUUAAUUUAAGAAUAAUAAUAUGAGUACAGAAUCUUGUACUCGAAAUCUGUCUUGGAAGCUACUCUCUUUGUCAUGAAUUAUAUUUCAUGUACAUUUCAUUAAAAUCAAGCUUGUCUACUUAAAAUUACAAGUGUUUUGAGAUAGAGGCUAAUAUCAUUCAGAUAUUAAUGUUAUUGUACCAAAGAGAAAAUUCGAUGGACAAAUUUAUUUAAAUACAAAAAUGAUUCAUGUUGGAUAAAAGUGAAUUUUAUUUGUUUUCAAAUUUUAGAGUGCUUCUCAAUAAUGUUAUGUCACACUCAUGCAACAUAUUCUUUCACAAUUUUAAAGAACAAUCUCUGCUCAACAUGUUAUAAUUAGGGAUGGAUUCGGUUCGGGCCACCCGGCCCGUGACCCGGCCCGGCCCGGUCGGGCGGUCCGGGACCGGGUCUGGGCCC